GGCGGCAGCGAAGAAGAGGGCAGAGGAUGCCGAGCAGGCACGUCUCCUGGCGGUUGAACAGCAGCGCCAGCAUGACGAGGCAGCAGCACGGGUUGCCGAUGAAGAAAGGAACCAGCGUCGCGAGAAGAAAAUUUAUCGGAGAGCGGGCGUUACUUACCAUGGCAGCAGAAUGGCGAACCGAGGCCGAUAAUAGCCAGUUGGAGGACAGCGCAAACAAGAUAGCGCUCCUCCUCUCGCAUCUCACGGAUCUCCUGGCAACCUGCAUUACACUGCAGGCGGAGAUCCUGGGCCUCGAUAACUCGGUAGCUCAUCUCCAAGACCGCCUUCAGCGGUUGGAGCAGCGACCAGUCGCCGCCGCCGACGUAGGCUCUUUCAAUACUGCCGACCGCCCCACCGCAUUGGAGAUGCACGUCAGCUCCCUCCAGGACGGCGCACAGUUACAGCAGACCGCGACGCAGCAGUUGCAACAGCGGAUCUGCACUACCGCCACCACCUCAAGUCCGGAGCCGCGCGAGUCAACUCCAAAGUUCGACGGGCAGGAGAUCUUCUGCGACGAAGUCAAGACAGAUCCUAUUCCAUGGUUCCGCAAGUUCGAGCUGACGUUGCAGUUGUCCAACGUCAAGGAACACAAGCAUCACUCCUAUUUGUACUCUCGCUCAGGGGGCGCGUGCCAGGCUUGGUUGGACAACCUCCUGUCCAAGUACGGAGUAGUAGCAGCCGACUUGCACACCAAGAUUACCUGGGAUGAUCUGAAGGCAGCAUGGCACAAGCGGUUCCAGGUGGAGCCGCCAGAGAUCAAGGCCAUGGACAAGCUCAUGGUCUUCGAGCAGGGCUCGCUGCCGAGUGCGGACUGGAUCGCCGAGUUCCAACGCUUGACGUCCGUCCCAAACAUCUCGAUGGGCUUCAAAGCCAUCCGCCACUAUUUCAUCUCAAGGUCAUGUCCGGCAUUGAGCAAUGCCCUCACGCAUGUCGAGGACACCUUGACGACGACGGCGGAGUUAUUCGACAAGGCUGCGCAGAUCAUAAUCACGAACAAGGAGGCCAAGAACCUCCGUUCAUCUGCGUCAGGCCCGAGCGGGAACCAGCAUCGGCCACAGUGGCCGUGGUCGCAGCGGCAACGCCACGCCGAUUUGCCCACUGAAGGGCAAGGGUCGACAGGGAAACUAAGCAUCGCCGAGAGUGAUGCGACGACACUCUCGACGCCUUCGGAACUGGUUUCUUCGCGAGUGACUAACCUUCAUUCCGAGGCGCACGCGGAAGUCGACAGUCCUUCGCUUCUACUUUCUUUCGAGGACUAUGCUGCCCGGCUCGUUCCAACGCUGGGUACUCAAGCUCAAGGACAAGGAGUGUGUGCGGUUUCCUCUCCGUCCGGCAACAACAACAAUUCGUCUUCAAGUGGUGAUUCAUGGGAUUCGACGCGCGAGUUCAAGAUAGAGGCCUUGGACCCGCUCACGUCUGAGGACUUUGCAUGGCUUCCUCUCCCGACCACAGGCUGUUUGCCGGGACCGCAAUGUGCAGCACUUACCGCUCAUCUCCACACUUACCUUUCCUUCUACGCACCACCGACUUCACCGACGGAUGACGAGGUCGCGGUGGGGGACAUCUUGGCUUAUACUACCAAGGUGGCCCGCGAGUUUCGCACGCAGCGGUACGAUAACAACAAUGCACCACUCAUGUAUGUCCGCAUCCAGGUUGGACAGGCGUCCUGCAACGCUCUGUUGGAUAGCGGCGCGACUCGCAACUUCAUGAGCCAGUCUUUUAUGCAAAGGGCUGGCCUUGGCGCUCAGGUUCGGAGGAAGGCAAACCCGACGGCGAUCAAGUUGGCGGAUGGUAAGACGCAGCAACUUCUCGACCGUUACAUCGAGGCCGUACCGGUCUACUUCGCACCUCAUGCAUGCGAACCGGUAACAUUCGAUAUUCUCGACACGGACUUCGACAUCAUUCUGGGAAUGCCUUGGCUCGCAAGUGCGGAUCACACGGUCAACUUCCAUCGGCGGACUCCUAGCGUUCGCGACACCUUCGGCGGGAAGUGGCGUUACAAGGCCAACCGCGACAAGUGUGAGUUUGUCCAGCAGGAGCUGGAAUACUUGGGCCAUUUUGUCACACCGGAGGGCAUCAGUCCGCUAUCGGACAAGAUUCAGGCCGUCCUGGAGUGGCCGGAGCCUCGGAACGUCACAGAUGUUCGAUCAUUCCUUGGUCUCACCGGCUACUAUCAGCGCUUCAUCAAAGGCUACUCAAAGAUCGUGGCCCACUUGAACAAGCUUCAGUGUGAGGAUCGGCCGUUUGACUUUGGAGAGGAGGCGCGGGGAUCAUUCCUCGCUCUCAAAGCCGCGCUGUUGUCUGCGGAGGUCUUGCGAAUCUACGAUCCGCUCGCGUCUAUGCGUGUCACUACGGAUGCGUCAGGCUAUGGCAUUGGUGCAGUCCUCGAGCAACAUGAUGGUGUGGACUGGCACCCGGUCGAGUACUUCAGCAAGAAAGUGCCCCUCGUGCAUUCCAUUGACGAUGCACGCAAAAAGGAGCUCCUCGCCUUCGUCCACGCGCUCAAGCGGUGGCGGCACUUCCUCCUUGGUCGAAGCCAGUUUCGCUGGGUAACGGACAACAAUCUGUUGGUCUUCUACAAGACACAGGACACCGUCAACAGCACCAUCGCUCGAUGGAUGGCUUUCAUCGACCAGUUCGACUUCUUCCCCGACCACAUUCCUGGGAAGUCGAACCGUUUUGCGGAUGCUUUUUCACGGCGUCCGGAUCACUGUACCGCGGUCUACUCAACCUUCGAGAUCGACGACGACCUGCGGAACAGCUUCAUCCGCGGCUACCAAGCCGACCCCGAUUUUCGCAACAAAUACACGAAUUGCUCCUCUCCUCAUCUGGCUCCUUCUCACUACCGGAUCCAAGAGGGGUACUUGCUCGUCCACACGCGGGGGAAGGACCUUCUUUGCGUACCAAGCGAUCCUCACUUGCGUAACCGGCUUCUUGGCGAGUUUCACGACGCUCCCGCUACCGGACAUUUUGGAGUCAAUCGCACGAUUGGCUGACUUCGCCAGCGAUUUUGGUGGCCCAGCCUUCUCGGCGACGUCACACGCUAUUGCGAGUCAUGCGAGGUUUGCCAACGCUGCAAAUCCCGCA